AUGCCAGGUGCCCUGACCAGUAAAGGAUGCAAUGCGUGCCGGAAGGCAAAGAAGAAGUGCGAUGAACUCCAACCCUGUUCUCGGUGCCAACGGCUGCAGAUUCCCUGUGAAGGAAGUGGGCAACAACGGUACAAAUUCCAACAUGCAGACUCAUCCCAACCGGUCCAGCCGAGGUCUAGAAGGCGUCGAUCUGCGGUGGCCGUGCCCGGUCCCAAGAUCGCACAACAACUGCCCACAGACGCUCUACUGUCUUGCUUUAUUAGCACACUCCAAAUUCACGAUGUGCGCUAUGCCAUUACGUACUACGGGCUGUUCCUCCAUGAUCUCCCUCGAAGACUAGGACAGAGUGCUGCGUUGGAUGCCUCGGUGAAAUCCCUGGUUACGUCCUAUCCAUACUUUCACAAAGUACAUGGCCGUGACUUUCCCCAAGAGGUUCUGGUUGAUUACGGCAGAUCACUGAGGGUACUGCGCGAGACCUUGAGUGACCCCAGAGCGUGCCACUCGCCCGACACACUAUGUGCGAUCUACCUCAUCUCCGUCUGCCAGAGCUGGAUGGGAAACUCCAGUAUAAACCACGGAGAGGCCAUCGCCCAUUUACUACGCAACAUCAACGUCAAAGAAUGCACCGGCAAAUUCGAACGCGAAUUGAUCGCCAUCCUCGCCGUCCCACUCGAUGGAAUCGACCUUCUGGGAAGACGUGGCAUCACUCCUGGAACAAGCCCCACCGUCCUCUCGAGCAAGGGCCCCCGGUCAUCGAUGUCCCUGAUAUCAAUCUCCAUGCUCCCCGAGUUCAUGCGCAACCCAGACGCCCACCUACCCGCGAUUACCAGUUUGUAUUUCCAGCUCCGAGAAGACGCGCAGAAAACCCGCUCUUUUCUCGAUCAGCUUGCGGCGGAGAAAGUCACGACCUCCUCGCCUCUGGUCCCCGGCCCUCGGGCUCGCUACCAGACCGCAUACGUAAUGAUGGCAUCCUUGGCCUUGGUUGCAAACGCCCUGAUGCGUAUCUUCGAUCCCGGUAACGCGAUGUUGAUGAACGAGGCCGCGUAUUUCUGUGAUGCAAUUGUUGACGAAGCGCACUUGGCCUCGUGCUAUCGUCCAUUAGGCUCGGCUUAUGCAGCCCUGUGCCUCGUGGUCGCGUUGUCGACAGCCGACGAUCCGCAGCGGAUUGCGCGGAUUGAGAGUAUCCUGGGCGACUACCAGAGUGACUUUCGCGAUGUGCGAUGGGGCGGGCGAGCCGCGUGGCUUCGGCAGCUUUUCACGGAGCAUCGCAUGCGAGUGGCUUUAGGUCGAGACGUCCAGCCGGAGGUGGUGUCUGACCUGGGGGUCUGCUGCAUCAUGUGA